CGCUGCAAGGACAAGCUGAACUCUCUGGCCAUCUCGGUGAUGAACCUGUGGCCGGGGGUGCGCCUCCGGGUCACAGAGGGCUGGGACGAGGACGGCCACCAUUCUGAGGAGUCGCUCCACUACGAGGGACGGGCGGUCGACAUCACGACCUCUGACCGCGACCGCAACAAGUACGCCAUGUUGGCUCGACUGGCAGUUGAGGCCGGCUUCGACUGGGUCUACUACGAGUCCAAGGCCCACGUGCACUGCAGCGUGAAGUCGGAGCACUCCGUUGCCGCUAAAUCAGGGGGGUGUUUUCCGGGAGGGGCGUGGGUGACCCUAGAGGAUGGGGGUCAAAGGUUGAUCCAGGAGCUGCAGCCGGGUGAGCGAGUCCUCGCCUCUUCAGGGAGCGACGGCAGCGGAGAGCUCGUUUACAGCGAGGUCCUCACCUUCCUGGACCGCGACCCCGCAACCCGGAAGGAAUUCUACACCAUUAGGACAGAAGGCGGGGUUAGCCUGUCACUCACCGCUGCCCACCUGCUGUUCGUGUCCGAGGGAAACUGCUCUGAAGGGGCGGAGCCAACUCCUGGUAGUAUGAGGACGGUAUACGCCAGCGACGUGCGGCCGGGACAGUGUGUGCUAACCACAGUGUCUGGGGAGGGGGUUGGAAAGGGGGAGGAGGGGAGAAAAGGCGUGGGGCAUCUCUCGCGCAUCUCCCGGGUGAGUGUGCAGGAGGACAAGGGCGUGUUUGCACCCCUCACCCGCCAUGGGACGCUGUCGGUGAACGGCAUGGUGGCAUCGUGCUACGCGGUGGUGGACGGGCAUGACCUCGCCCACAGAGCCUUCGCCCCGCUGCGCCUGCUGCACCGUUGGACUGGCUCCGCUGGCGGACAUUUUGGAGACACCGGGGUUCACUGGUACUCCCAGUUGCUGUACUGGAUAGGCAGUCUGCUGCUGGACUCUGGACACUUCCAUCCCUGGGGACUGGCUGACCCAGGGAGGUGAGACUCUAGAUGGGGAAGGAGACUGGGAAGGAAAUGAGGAAGUAAUGUAACUGGCUUGGUUGGGAGAUAUGCAGACCAGAUGACCCACUGGACUGAUGCCCCAUUGGACCUGACUAUAAAUGGGCGGGGCUUACCUUGUUCUCGAGUCUAGCACACUGAUGCAGAGGGCGGACUCUCAGGAAAAGGGUGGGGCUUGACGACUGACCACCCUAUUUCAUUGGAGAGAGGAGAUUGAGCCAUGAAUGAAUCUGGACAGACAGACAAUAUGUGUUCUCUCACACCAUAGUAUACAAAUCAUUGUGACCCCUGAGGAAAAAAUACAAAUGGGUGUGUCCUCUUCACACAGAUGGGACAGGUGGGCCUUGUCGUGUCUGUGCGUGAGACCAUAGUUUCUAAAGGGGAGAGAGUUUGUUUUAUUUAACAUUGAGAAGUGUCUCAUUGAAAUCAAGCUACCAUUAUGAGGAAAAUCUAAAGCAUUUUCUUUUUUGAUCUAUUUUGAUCGUUUCAUAGUAAGAUGUCCGUAACACAACAGUCGGCACACAACUAUGAUGUCGCAACUUGGCAACUGAACGAAAGUAUAGGCUUCAUGAAUAGAACAUAUCUAGAGGUAUGAUAUUUUAAGGCAACAUUUACUGUAUUUUAUUAAAGCGAUGUCUGAAAUAUUUAUGAUUUUAAUAUUAUGUAUAAUGAGAUAUUUAAAGAUUUAUUUUUUGAAAUUAAAUAUUAUGGAAAUGCU